UAACCCUAAAUGAUGCCGUAUCUGCUCGCCACUCCCACAAGGCGGCUACGUGAUGCGUCACAUCCCUCCGUGUAAUCCUGACGUCACACUCUCGCGGGAUGAGACUUGUGGCGUCGGGAUUUUCUGAGAGACAGGAGGCCGGGAGCUUGCGGCUUUGUGGGAGGUGUAAGUAGCGGUUCGGGACUGCGGGCUGUGUUAGGGGGGUCGGAACUGUUGGGCGGUAUGCACUUACUUGGAUUAUGCUGACAGUGAGCGGCAGACUGCGGAGGAAGGAAAGGAAAUUGGGUGCCUGCAGGUUCUUUUCCCCCACACAUCAUUCUGUACUGUUCGUUUUGUCCCUGACAGCAGGGGUUGUCCAAUGAUUACUUGACGAUGGUGGUUCCUGGGAAUUCCCCUGGUAUUCCACGAGAUCAUGCAAUAGACAUCAGCGACAGAGCAAUGGACUUGGAAGCAGAACCUGAUCAUAGCUCAGAUUUAAAGGAGGUACAAAAACUCCAUGAACUGGUAAAAAGAUUAGAAAUCCAAAAUCAGCAGCUAAAGAUUAAGAGGAAUCCACAGAGUUCGAACAUACAAAAUAUUUCAGGCAUUGAUAAUCAACUUUCUGCUUUAAAUUGCUCCGGAGUUAUGAACAGCAUCAACAUCCAGCCUGAGAAAGGAGACUUGCAGAAAAUGCCAAAUCUACAGUCGCAACUUGAGCAAAUCAGCUCAGAGAAGGAAAACAUUCCAGCUUUGGGAAUGGAUGCACAGAUGCAGUAUGAAAAGGUAUGCAGUGAUUCAAAGCCUGGAAGCAAAGUAGAGAUCAACUGUGAUCAAGAUGAUUGUUGCUUCUACAGUGUUGAUGGCAGUGGAAGAUCAGACUUGGAGGAGGCCAUCAGCAAAAUGUCUGAGCUAAAUUCAAGUGGAGAAAAUAUUUUGGAUGAAACUGCACUUGACGAAGUAGAUGUGCUGGAACUGGGAUCCUGCAGUGAAGAUGAGGAGGAUUGUUGGCUGUAUGUUUCCCCGCGAAAGGUUGAAAAUGCAGAGCAGAAACUAGAUUCUCCAUUAAAAUGGUGCAGACAGGUAUUAGACCACCACAGCCCAGAAACAGAAGCCGCUUGUCGUUCUUUAAUUGGCAAACUUGACCAAGCGAGUAGAUGGAAAAGCCUGUACUGCAGCCCACUGGCAUCGCCAUCUGCAUAUAACACCAAUGCUGAAUGCAGCUAUGGUAGCAAUACACUAAAUUCACCGGGGUGCCUCAAAUCCACUAACAAAGCACUACUAACCUGUGGCAGUUCAGGUUACUUAAGUUUCCAUUCUGCCCUAAGCUCUCAGUCUUCUGUAGACAGUGAGUUGAGUACAUCUGAUGACUCCAUAUCCAUGGGUUACAAACUACAAGAUUUAACUGAUGUGCAGGUCAUGGCUCGCCUGCAAGAGGAAAGUCUCCGGCAGGACUAUGCCUCCAGCUCUGCGUCUGUUUCCCGACGUAGUUCAAGUGCUUCUCUUCAUUCUCUCAGAAGGGGAACGUUCAGUGACCAGGAAUUUGAUACAUACAGUCUGGAGGAUGAGGAUGACUGUGACUGUUCCCUGUCCUUCCGUAGCUCACACCGGUAUUCCCCUUCACCUCUAAGUUCACCCCGCUGCCAAUCUCCUUCAGCAGCUGAAAGCAGGGCAACAACUUCUCGCAUCAGACCUCCUCGCAGAUCUAUUCAGAAUCAUGUCCAAGAGAGAAUGAAAUAUGCAAACUGUGAAGAUGAACUGCGCCACAGUAUGCCUAACCUGGCAAAGACAAGCUUGCGUUCCCUUGAAGCAGUAAGAAGCAGUCGAAGUUUGGAGUCUGAUCUGCAGGGCCCAAGCAGCCGUUUAACCAGGAUGCAGCAGCCUUCAACCAGUACUCCUCCUAGUAAGGUGCGAUAUGGUGCCAGCAAUCAACCUGCACUGACAGUUCGCCAACCUGGUAAACCAGGUGUUAGCACAAGUUCACUCAUGACCUCAAGGCAACCAGUAAAAUCCUCUGGCUAUAAUAAUUCAAGUGGUUUACGUAAAAUCCAGUCAUCUCCUGGGCUGAAUCCUUCAGGAUCUGGUGCAGUUUCCAGAACAGGCAAUGCGUCAUCCUCCAUUAAACAUUCCACUGUGAAAUCUCAGGCAUCCAUGGGAUCCACUGUGCCUAAAAGUAAAAUGAUUCAGCCAUCCAGAAGAUCCCUUUCUUCUGCAAAGAUGAACAGCACACUGGAUGAUGAUUCCUGGAAAGACGGAUGCUAUUAAAUCAACCCAAAGAUGAGUCUAUCCUUAUCUUAUGUCCAGCAGGCUGGACACCAGCAUUUCAGAAGACAACUGGAAAACAUUUGCUCUUAACUCUGGUGACAGCUUUAUGAUCUGCUUUUGUCACAGAAUUCAAUUGCAGAUUUUUUCUAUUCCAUUCAGGCUUGAAUUGAAAUCACAAUACUGUGUUGGCUGUAGGUGUCAUUCUAGUCACUGCCAUAAUGUUUGCACCUAAACACUGGGCUGUUGGUUUAUGAGAUGUGUAGUUUUGGUGCCACCAACAAACUGACCUUUUGCACUGCUGUAAAUAUUAAAGGACCAGUAACCCCAACCUUGUUGUUAAUUCAACUUUACAUUUUAUUUCUAUACUGUACCUAUAAAUAUAUUUUCUUUUACGCAGAAUUCCAAUAUUUUAUUGCAACAUGUUCACUGUCAGCUCUGUCAUGUUCAGCCAACUUUUAUCUGUUGUCUGAUAGAUAAGAAAACCCCCACCAGGCCUGUUUUUUUUGGGGGGGGGGGGGGUAGAAAAAUAAUACGUAUUUAUGAACUGCCACAAAAGACCUACCAGAAAAAUACAUUUAGUAUUUUCAAAUACUAAUAUGCUACUGAGUUUUAUGUAUAAAUGCUUAUAUGGGAUUUCCUGGAGUUACUGGUCCUUUAAGUUAAUUGUUAGUCAUUCGAAAGAUAGCUGUAAUAUAGGUGUUCUUAAACGUUUGUGUUUUUUUGUUUUUUCAUAUUUAUUGUUGAUUUACUGGUUAAAGAGCUCACAGGUUUUUCUACUCGCUCUUCUCAGAGGCAGAACUUUUUCAGCUGCAGACUUUUGUAAUGUCCUUGAUCACUUUAUUUCUUGAAAUGUGAAUAAAUACAAAUAUAUGGUUAUGAGAUAUAGAAUCCACUGCAAGGACUAGAGAAGAAUUCUUGUGCCAGUAUAAAUGGGCUAGAUAGGACGGUGCACAAUAUUUGUGUGGUAACUGAGUAAUUAGAUGCUACGUAUAGAAGAAACAUCCAUGUUUUUGUGAAACACCUUUGAUUAUGUUGCUUGACCUACUUUCAGUAAAUAAAAACAUCUACUGACUGC